UGACAGUGCACCACAAGGUCUUCUGCGAGAAUUGUGUUGACUUCGCCGUUUGAGAUUGAAAUUAAGCAGAAUUUUAUCAUUAUUUGUGUGCAGCAAUUUUAAAAGCUAAGAACUGUAAAGAAAAUGAGUCUCUUUAGCGUUCUGAAACUUCCUGUUUCAGUUAUUUACCAGAGAAGUACCAUUGUAUAUAGUUUAACAAGGCUUGUAAAAAGUGCAUCAUACUCAAAUCACUCUGCAGAAGAUUUUAUAGAAAAUGUAGUUAAGCAAAAACUCAAUAAAGCAUUAGAGCCAGAAUAUUUAGAUGUUGUAAAUGAAAGUGCUAGACAUAAUGUACCAAGAGGCUCAGCAUCUCAUGUUAGAGUUACAGUUGUGUCUCCUUUGUUCAUUAAUAAAUCUCUAGUUCAGCGGCAUCGACUUGUAAAUGAAGCUCUUCAAGAGGAACUGAAAGGCCCUAUUCAUGCAUUAUCAAUAGAUGCUAUAGCUACUACUGAGAUUAAAGACAAAAUUGAACAGAAAACUUCUCCACCAUGUAAAGGUGGAUCUGGAUUGUGAUAAAGAAUUUAAGUCAUCAUUUGUCCAAUGUAGAUUUCAAAUUUGCAAAUAAAAAAUAUUCAGUGUUAAUAAAUUUGUAAAAAAUUA